CAUCUGCAAACCUGUGUGCAGCUGCUUCAAGCCUGGGUUCUCUACCUUUCAUGCAGAUGGCUGGUACCAUAACAAGUGGACCAAACUGUACUUCACGCACAACCACUGCUGCACCAACCACAACAACAAAAGCUGCUUCAACCACAACUACAGCUGCACCAACAACAACUACUGCUGCACCAACAACAACUACUCCAACUACGACCACUGUUGCCCCAACCACUACAACAACUGCACCAACCACAACAACUGCUGCACCAACCACAACAAUAGUCGUAGAUACCAGAACAACUUCUGCACCAACAUCGACAUCAGCUGGAGCACUUCAGUGCCAAACCUGCACAAAUCAGACGUGUUCAAGCACAGUAACAGUGAACUGUUCUUCAGAGACCAUGUGUGUUACAGCUACUAUUUUAGCUACCUCAUCUGGAACUACAGCAACACAAUUCUACAAGGCGUGUGCAUCUUCCUCUCUGUGUCCAGCUACGGGCAAUCAGACAUUUUCAGUUAACCUGGGUGUUCAAAGUGUUCUUGCAUCUGCCACGUGCUGCAACACGGAUAACUGCAACUCACAAAAUCUGACUGCUCCUACUCCUCAGUCAAGUAACGGCCUACUAUGUAACACUUGUGUCGCCUCUCAGUGCAACACUACAUUACAGUGUCAGGGAGUGGAGGACCAAUGCUUUCAAUCAAUGAUGAGGGACGGCACCAACAGUUUCCCAGCUUACGGCUGUGCAUCUGCAAACCUGUGUGCAGCUGCUUCAAGCCUGGGUUCUCUACCUUUCAUGCAGAUGGUGGUACCAUAA